CCUGUAAACAGCUUGUCAGACCGUCCAAGCCCCUCCCCCAGCUAGCAGCGGUAGCUAACAAGUUAGUGGUGCUAGCAGUGGCUAAGCUACAUGCUAGCUGGCGCUUUGAGAAGAUGGCAACGGACUGGCAAGCUUCAGCUAUAGAGCAAGCCGAAUUGAUAUCCAGUCGUCUCAGAGAGCUGUUAUCCACCGGGGAGGGAUAUAUCCGAUCGGAGUUUGGGGUGGAAUUGGGCCUGACGCCUGAGCUGUACCCGUCAUGGGCGAUUCUCUCCACGGCGGUGGUUGGGCUGCUGGUGCUGCUGGUUCUGUCGUGGGCCGCGGUCUGUGGCGGACUCUUCGGUGGGAAAAAGCUAGGAGCUCCGGUUACACAAGACAGUGGUGAUUCCCUCAAGGCCCAAGUGAAUAAGAUUGUGAAGCCCGAGGCACAAAAUAAAAAGACUAAAAAGAAAUCUACUGAAAAGAAGGCUCAGUAUAAUGGACGAACAGUGCCAGAGCCUCAGGAGGAAGUGAGAGAAGAGAUUACCAAACCUUCCCCAGAGAUUAAAACUGAGGUGAAGAAAACCAAGAAGAAAGACAAACCCGAGGUGAAACCAGCCAAGAGGGUUUCUGCUGGCGAUGGCAAAGAGCCUGAUGAUGGUACGUGGGAGACUAAGGUGAGUAACCGGGAGAAGCGGCAGCAGAAGAGGAAGGAGAAGGGGCCUGAUGGGUCAGGAAGCCCGGAGGGGGUGGAGGUACCUCACCGCCAGGUGGAGCAGCCCCCUCUCACCGCCCCGGUCAACAGGAAGAACAGAGAGCCCUUGCACCUGAGGACUGGGAAAGGAGAUUCUAUCACGACACCAGUGUCCACCAGCUGGAGAGAGGAGCCGUCAGGGAACGCUGGAGGGUGGCCAGAUAUCUCCAUGAAGCUGCCCACCCAUAUCUGCUCUUCAGACGGGGACAAGUGGCCGGCCAUCCCUAAAGGACCCCGACACUUGAACUCCGAACCCACCUGGAGACAGGACACUGAAGGGUCGUGGAGUGGGGUUGAUGGGAGGAUGAAGACGGAACUCAACACAUUACCCUCUGUACUUGGACUGAAGACAGCAGAGCACAUCACCCAUCCUGCCUCUGAGCUACAGUGGGAAUGCCCCUCUCCUUCUGAUGAGUGGUCAGGAUUAAACGGUAUUGCAGCAGCGGACCCCAGCUCAGACUGGAACGCCCCGACAGAGCCGUGGGGGAACUAUGAGGGACCCCCGGUGGGAGAGGCCCCCGGCCCCCCGCCCCAGGACCCUGUACCCAACCACCCCCAGGGGGAACAGGGGUCAGACGAUGACAAGGAGGAUGACUCUGCCGGGGGGGCUGCCAGGCCCAAGAAGAAGAAGAAGAAGAAGAAGAGAGCUGAGGAAGGUGGUGGUACAGGCCAGGUGACCUCUGACAGCAUGGCAGUUACACCCGUGGAGAGUCCAGCACUUCCCAAAGCAGGGACCAAACAGUCCAUCUCCCAGCCGUCCUCACAGAAAAUAUCCGACCCGAGCUUCGAUGCUCCCAAGCCGUCCCAGAAGAAGAAGGCCCGGAAAGAGACAGGAAGUUAAGAAACAAGAACCCACAUGAAUUAUUAUGCAAAAGGAUUGUUCAAUGUGUUUAUAAAUGCAAUCAAUCAUUUGCAAGUACAGACUUUUAUACAGAAUAGUUUGACUGUACUUUUUAAAUAUCCCCAAAAAAGAGAGAGAACAGUGACUGUCCAGCUCGUUUAGCUGGGGGUCUGACGUCCAGUUCGUUUAGCUGGGGGUCUGGGGGUCUGGCGUCCAGCUCAUUUAGCUUGUGAAUUAUUCAAAAGUAGUUUGUGUACCAGUCCUAGCUAGCUAGUACAGUGUAACCCCCCCACCUCCCGCCUGUGUGCCAGAGUCCUAGCUAGCUAGCUAGUACAGUGUCGCCACACCUCCCGCCUGUGUACCAGAGUCCUAGCUAGCUAGCUGGUACAGUGUCGCCACACCUCCCACCUGUGUGCCAGAGUCCUAGCUAGCUAGCUGGUACAGUGUCGCCCCACCUCCCGCCUGUGUGCCAGAGUCCUAGCUAGCUAGCUGGUACAGUGUCGCCACACCUCCCGCCUGUGUGCCAGAGUCCUAGCUAGCUAGCUGGUACACUGUCGCCACACCUCCCGCCUGUGUGCCAGAGUCCUAGCUAGCUAGCUGGUACACUGUCGCCACACCUCCCGCCUGUGUGCCAGAGUCCUAGCUAGCUAGCUGGUACAGUGUCGCCACACCUCCCGCCUGUGUGCCAGAGUCCUAGCUAGCUAGCUGGUACACUGUCGCCACACCUCCCGCCUGUGUGCCAGAGUCCUAGCUAGCUAGCUGGUACAGUGUCGCCACACCUCCCACCUGUGUACCAGAGUCCUAGCUAGCUAGCUGGUACAGUGUCGCCCCACCUCCCAACUGUGUACCAGAGUCCUAGCUAGCUAGCUGGUACAGUGUUGCCCCCCCCCCCCCCCCCACCCCACCUGUGUACCAGAGUCCUAGCUAGCUAGCUGGUACAGUGUCGCCACACCUCCCACCUGUGUACCAGAGUCCUAGCUAGCUAGUACAGUGUCGCCCCCACCCCACCUGUGUACCAGAGUCCUAGCCAGCUAGUACAGUGUCGCCACACCUCCCAACUGUGUACCAGAGUCCUAGCUAGCUAGUACAGUGUCGCCCCACCUCCCACCUGUGUGCCAGAGUCCUAGCUAGCUAGCUAGUACAGUGUCGCCCCACCUCCCACCUGUGUACCAGAGUCCUAGCUAGCUAGCUAGUACAGUGUCGCCCCACCUCCCACCUGUGUGCCAGAGUCCUAGCUAGCUAGCUGGUACAGUGUCGCCCACCUCCCAACUGUGUACCAGAGUCCUAGCUAGCUAGCUGGUACAGUGUCGCCCCACCUCCCAACUGUGUACCAGAGUCCUAGCUAGCUAGUACAGUGUAACCCCCCCACCUCCCAACUGUGUACCAGAGUCCUAGCUAGCUAGUACAGUGUCGCCCCAACUCCCAACUGUGUACCGGAGUCCUAGCUAGCUAGUACAGUGUCGCCCCACCUCCCACCUGUGUACCAGAGUCCUAGCUAGCUAGUACAGUGUCGCCCCACCUCCCAACUGUGUAACAGAGUCCUAGCUAGCUGGUACAGUGUCGCCCCACCUCCCGCCUGUGUGCCAGAGUCCUAGCUAGCUGGUACACUGUCGCCACACCUCCCGCCUGUGUGCCAGAGUCCUAGCUAGCUAGCUGGUACAGUGUCGCCACACCUCCCACCUGUGUACCAGAGUCCUAGCUAGCUAGCUGGUACAGUGUCGCCCCACCUCCCAACUGUGUACCAGAGUCCUAGCUAGCUAGCUGGUACAGUGUUCCCCCCCCCACCCCACCUGUGUACCAGAGUCCUAGCUAGCUAGUACAGUGUCGCCACACCUCCCAACUGUGUACCAGAGUCCUAGCUAGCUAGUACAGUGUCGCCCCACCUCCCACCUGUGUGCCAGAGUCCUAGCUAGCUAGCUAGUACAGUGUCGCCCCACCUCCCACCUGUGUACCAGAGUCCUAGCUAGCUAGCUAGUACAGUGUCGCCCCACCUCCCACCUGUGUGCCAGAGUCCUAGCUAGCUAGCUGGUACAGUGUUGCCCACCUCCCAACUGUGUACCAGAGUCCUAGCUAGCUAGCUGGUACAGUGUCGCCCCACCUCCCGCCUGUGUGCCAGAGUCCUAUCUAGCUGGUACACUGUCGCCACACCUCCCGCCUGUGUGCCAGAGUCCUAGCUAGCUAGCUGGUACAGUGUCGCCACACCUCCCACCUGUGUACCAGAGUCCUAGCUAGCUAGCUGGUACAGUGUCGCCCCACCUCCCAACUGUGUACCAGAGUCCUAGCUAGCUAGCUGGUACAGUGUUGCCACACCUCCCGCCUGUGUACCAGAGUCCUAGCUAGCUAGCUGGUACAGUGUCGCCCCACCUCCCGCCUGUGUACCAGAGUCCUAGCUAACUGGUACACUGUCGCCACACCUCCCACCUGUGUACCAGAGUCCUAGCUAGCUAGCUGGUACACUGUCGCCACACUUCCCACCUGUGUACCAGAGUCCUAGCUAGCUAGUACAGUGUCGCCACACCUCCCGCCUGUGUACCAGAGUCCUAGCUAGCUAGUACAGUGUCGCCACACCUCCCACCUGUGUACCAGAGUCCUAGCUAGCUAGUACAGUGUCGCCCCAACUCCCACCUGUGUACCAGAGUCCUAGCUAGCUAGCUGGUACAGUGUCGCCCCACCUCCCAACUGUGUACCGGAGUCCUAGCCAGCUGGUACAAUGUCGCCCCACCUCCCAACUGUGUACCAGAGUCCUAGCUAGCUAGUACAGUGUAACCCCCCCACCUCCCAACUGUGUACCAGAGUCCUAGCUAGCUAGUACAGUGUCGCCCCAACUCCCGCCUGUGUGCCGGAGUCCUAGCUAGCUAGUACAGUGUCGCCCCACCUCCCAACUGUGUACCGGAGUGCUAGCUAGCUGGUACAGUGUUGCCCCAACUCCCACCUGUGUACCGGAGUCCUAGCCAGCUAGUACAGUGUCGCCCCAACUCCCACCUGUGUACCAGUCCUAGCUAGCUGGUACAGUGUCGCCCCACCUCCCAACUGUGUACCAGAGUCCUAGCUAGCUGGUACAGUGUCGCCCCACCUCCCAACUGUGUACCAGAGUCCUAGCUAGCUGGUACAGUGUCGCCCCACCUCCCAACUGUGUACCAGAGUCCUAGCUAGCUGGUACAGUGUUGCCCCCCCCCCCCCC